CUCGCAAUUUUUGACACAGAAAACUCAAGAGCUCAGAUUUGAACCCAAAACCUCUGGACUCUCAUGCACAAUUUCUCACCACUCAGUCCCACCGUGGAACUGAAUUCACACAUCCCGUAUAUUGGGGAAGUCCCAGCCUACACCGAGAGUCAAUAUGCAAAUGAGCCGCCAAGGUUAGAGACAGACUAGUCUCACCCGCAUGUUCAAACAAGGCAUCAAAUUCAUCUCUCAAGGGAAUCAGCACCAAUGGGCGCCAAGUGCCCUGCGGGUCAGUACUGGGACAGUUUGAUUAAAAAAUGCCUGCAUUGCAACGUGAUGUGUCAACAGCCACUGGUCAUCACCAAGUGCACCAAAUACUGCGUGUUAGCCAAUUGUAAAACGCUGCCUGGCCACUACUAUGAUGGGCUUCUGAUGAAGUGUGUCAAGUGUGGUGAUGUUUGCGGGAGACAUCCAGCAGAGUGCUUCCUGCACUGUCACGCUCCCGUGACCACUAAAAAGCUCCCGGUUCAAGUGACCUCACAGCCUCGAAACGCCAGUGGGGUCUCUGUACAGACGGCCUUGGAAGACCCCUCCAUCCUCCUCUAUGCCCUCCUGGCCCUCUGUAUGGUUCUGCUGGUGUCCAGCCUGUGUCUUGCCUUGGUCAUAUUCCUGAGAAGAAGAUCUGAAACCAACGCCGACCGAGCGGUCGUCAAGCAGGGCCAGGGAAGUGCUCAGCGAAGAGGCCAGCUGGGUUCAAACGUCAAAGAUCUCAUGGCGCAUGCAAGAGGUGCUACUGAGCCGUCAGAUGAGUCCAGCCCCACUGAGACCUGCGUGUGCGUCCACUGCUACCCUGAUCCCAUCACGGUAGUCAGCAACAAUAGGGCACCAUCCAGAGCACCGAUGGCGUACGACCAACAAGCUGUGCUACACCAUGCCCUGAUGCAAAAUCGGUAUCCCCUCUGGACACAGAACGUAUCUCACACCUCCGCGUUGGAGGUACAUGAUGAGUCAAUGGUGGGAUGACCGAGACUUGAUCAUUUCAGGUUAUUGAGAGUGCAUCAAUAAGCAGCAACAAUGGUAGUAUAGAAAAUGCAAUUACAAUAGGGCUAUUCUUCCUGGGACGAAUUGAAAAAUAAUUCCAAAUCGUACAUUAUUGACUGAAAACUCACCUAUCUGCUGCUUUGGUGCUGAAAUGUUGAUAGGAGCGUCUCAGCUUCAUUUUGUCAGACAAGUCAAGUUUAAUUGAAAAGAGUGUUUUGCUGCUAUCUGGUGGUGGCUAAAGGUAAUUACAACGUUUUCUUGGUUUCACCGAAAAUGGCGCAGCCUGUGUUGGUCGGGAAAAAAAAUCUGGAUUAUAAUUCUGCAAUUAUAUUGACAAUUUUUGUCAACUGAAAAAGGAGAUGAAGACAUGUAAUUUAAUAUCUUCAAUCAUGUUCUACUUUUGAAGGGAACUCCUUUGCAGCUCCCUAAAUUCAUCUGAGGGAUUGUUUCUUUGUGAUAUUUUGGUUCGCAACAGAAGUCAAAUGCACUAAAUAGACUUUUUCGACCACCACAAUUUGAAUGAAUACAUUUGGCUGCUUUUGGAUUUUGUACCAGUGUGACUAAAACCUCUUGGGGAAUCAAUUUGGUCUCUUGGUCUUUGGCAUCAAGGAUGUUAGAAGAAAUGGUCGUUGCCUGCCAAAGAGAGAAAGCCAAAAGAGACCGUUAACAAAGACAAACAACUGCAGUGCAAGGCAUUUUGGAAGAACCAUUUAUCUGUCUUGUUCAUGAGAACGAAAAAAAUGCUUGCUGGACAUCUUCAACUGGCUCAGGCCAGUCGAGAGGAAUCAGUUCCGAUAAUUCUACCUUGCUUUGACAUCCAGCACCACGCGACCCUCAGCAGGACAACUGCAGCAGACGUGGCAGGGAUACAAAAUCACAAAGACAAAGUACAUUACAGAUAGAUUUUUUUUGUUUGUUUGUUCUUUAUUUGAGUGUCUUGCCAUCACUGUGCGUCCCAGUCUUUGCAGUCAUUUUGUAUUCAAGGAAUGACUUCACAGGUCAAGACACCGUUUCGACUCCCGUGGCUGAAUCCAGCGACAUAGAAGAACAAAAAAAAA